AUGGCAUGCAGCUAUGCACCGCAUUUCUGUCUUGCGGCCAGCUCUGAGGCACGUCAAGUGUGGCAGCCACACCGUGGGUUAAGUUGGACAGCUGCAAGUCGCACAUAUCAGCAGGCACAUACUGCAGGUCGCUCUGCGUCGUCGUUCUGUCAGAGCACGUGGGGUGUGCUGUCGAUCCUUGGGACCCACCUGUUGAGGCCUCAUCGCGGGUGUCACGGCGUUGCACAGCUGUGCAAUCAGCGAGCCUCUGUGAAGCAAGUCCCUCCAGAGCUUGUCAUCGCAGGUGACCUCAUCGUCAGUUUCGCAGCUCCAACUCUUGAGGCAUUCGUGCUGACUGGUAGCGGGCUGUACACCCCGCUGUGGCUGAUAUUCGCUAGUGCCCAGCCAAGCUUGAUCAGCCCGGAAUUACGGCAUGGGCUUGUGCUUGCUUUAUGUUGGCUGUGUAGUGCAACCUAUGCACAGGGGUACGCAAAAGAGGCACUGGAUGGUCAGAACUUAUCAGAGCUACUGUGGCGCCUCUUCAUUGCGAACUUCCUGAAUGCCUGGUUGAUUUUCUUUGCGACGUCCUUCCUCGGGCUUUUCGAACCUUUUAACGAAGCAGAGGCUUUGCGCUUGGGGAUCUCACCAGGGACUUGGGGCUCUCUCGGCUUUAACUUGGAUGUCAAAGUCUUCAGGCAGGUUUUAGAUGUCAACAUUGACAUCCUUGUGGAGGGGCUCCUUCUAAGUGCUUGGCAUGCCUUCUGUGCCGGAUCGGACUUUGGGGAAAUUUGGAGUCUAUUGGUGCGACAAGUUCGCCCUUGA